AUGAUCCGUUCUCACAACGCUAUAAUGAGAAAUGCUGUUAAAAUUCAGAUACGAUAUUUUAGAAGACGGGCGAAUUUACCAACCUCGCAUGUCACACAACUGAAAAGCGAAAUCACUGACAAGGAAAUAAACUUACAUGCUGAAUCUGCCGAACAGGUAGUUGCUGAUCUUAAAAAGUUCGGGUUCAGAAGCAUAGAUGAACGGAGUACACUAGAAAAAACGUUUUUGGAUUAUUUAAACGCCACACAAUCUUCGUUCAAGAAAUCAUCUAAAAAUCUCAACGCGCUUAAACUCUCAUUAACAAAGAACUCUGAAGUGGUAGACAAUCGUAUGCAAAUUGUGUUUGACUAUCUGUUGAAAGAGGCUGAAGGGGAAAUAAGAAGAUUGGAGAGAAUGGGUCCUCAGAGGUUAGAGGAGGAACAACGCAAAAGACAAGCGAAUAGUUUCGAGCUCAAAAAGAGAGAAAUAUCGUCAGAAAAAGAAUUAGAGCAUGCUAUCUUUCAGGACAUAAUAUCUUCGUCUUCUCCAGAAGAUGAAAAAUACUCGUUGCUACGGAAUACAGAAAUUUUGUUUCAAGUUGUUUCGGACUUGAGUUUGCAUGACUUGGGAAAGGAGAACUUGAUCUCUCUAGAGCAGAUGGUACAAGCGUUUGAGUUAUCCAAAUUGUUAAUAAAUCCAGAGCACCGACUUAAAUGCAUUUUACUCUCGGGUAAUCUUCUGUACUCUUUGAAACGGGUGAGAAUGGAUCCAAUUAAUGAGUCGUUUUACAUUGAUGCCCUGGUUUUCUAUGGAUUUUUCAACAAAGCACUAGAACUUUUCCAGAGUAACCAAGAAAAGGUUAAUCAAAGGUGGUGGAAUGAAAUGGGUAUGAUGAUUUGCCUUAGAGCUAAUAGAAUACGGUUAUUUGACAAGUUAUGGAGCCAAACACAAAUCAAAUUUGGAAAGAAUUGCACAAAUGUUAAUAUUUUGAAAACUGCUAUCAAGAAAAAGCUUUUCCUUCGAGACUUUCACUCAGCCAAUAAGCUAACAUCACAGUUUGUUCAUAUCGUCGAAAAGUAUGGAUGCCAGCCUAGCAUAACCCUGCCAGAUGCUCAUCAUACCAAGUUAUUCGAAAAAGAAUUAGAGGCGCAGAAUUUUUUAAAUGAUACUGAUAUACCCACUGAUAGGGACUUUGUUUCGAUUAUUCAUUCUCACCUUUAUCGCGGUAACAAGAAGCAAGCUCUUCAACUGAUUGCGAAAUUUGUAGCAACUGAAGGCAUAGAGGUUAGUAGUCAUCAUAUCUUGUUCCUAAAUUUGAAGCUUCAUCUAUUAAAGCAAUUCGAAGUUUUGAAAAAAGACGUUGGUCCUUUUAUGUACCCCGAAACCGCUGAAGAAAAGUUGGAAGACUUGAGAAAGAGCUUUGAAAGUCUAACCAAUGAGAUGAAGUUGAACAAUAUUAGAAAGUCUUGCAAUCAGAUUUUUUUUGAUAGCAUUUUAUCGUUAUCUGCAAACCCUGCUUUUACUUCCAGCAUAGAAACUUUUCUUGUCAAUUUUUGGAUGGUACCGAAUGAUGAGAAUGUGAAGAGCUCAAAGGAUCUUGAUAUCUCUAAGAAAUUUCGUGGCUUACUCGAUAUUCUUCUUAAAUGCGAUAAAGAAGCUGCCGCUCUGCAAGUUUUAGGGAAAAUGGAGGAAUUAUGUACACAAGAACCAUAUGAGGGCCAAAACUCAAAUACCUUUUUUGUGGAGGCGAACGCACAUCACUAUGCGCUGUUCAUCAAUUACUACAAGACCAAGUCCAAAAAUGUCAGGUUAAAGAGUCGAAAAAAUUACGAUAAUAAGGUCUUGCAAAUAGUUGAAAGGAUGAAUAGCAAUGAGAUAGCCUACAACUCAGUGUUUUUGACAUCACUACUUCAAUAUUACAGUGACGCAAGCGACUUCACGAAUUGUUUUCGAAUAAUUAACCCUGUCUUAGCAUUAAAAGUAGCAGAAGAAGAAACUGCCGAGUCAUUCAAAACUCCAUUAUCAUUUUUUGAUCGCCGUAAUAUAACCAGAAGGCUCUACAUUGAAAUUUGGAAAACUUAUGAGAAAUACUACACAUUUUUUGUAGAGGGUUCAAAUUCUCCGAAAAUAAAAUCAAAUCACGCUGCUUGGAAGCACCAUGUAAGUUCCACUCGUGCAAGAACUAAUGCGCAUCCUCAAAGAAAUCUGAGAGAGCUUUUCAAGUUUAUGACGUUCAAUGACAACAUUCUUCCAGAUGUUCACUUCUAUCAUAUCAUAAUCUAUACAAUUAUAAGAAGCCGGGAUUGGGAUUUUUUACCGGCUGUCUUAACAUUCAUGAAUAAAGUUCAUGGAGUUCCUUUAAAUGAGAAGAGCCAAACCUAUAUUCUCAAUGGUCUGAAGCGUGAAUGCACUCCUGAGGAGAAUUCGAGACUUGCGAGGGUGCUGAGCAAAAAGGGCGGGGCUAAUGAUCAAAAUUCCACCUCUACGCUAAAGGAGAAUGAGUUUUACUCAACUAACAGACCAGUUUUGCAAAGUGACGGGGCUCUGGAUGAGGUGCUUCAAGCUCUUUUCGAAUUUGUCGAAACUAAAAACAACGGUGAUGUCACAGAUUUUAACGAAUCAUUUGCAUAUUUAGGAAUAGAACAUCCCGUAAGCAGUGGUCGUUAA